AUGGUGCUGUGUUUGGAGUGCCCAGAAGGCUUUUACUGUAAGGCUGGUUCCAGCAAUUACACAGACUGUCCUGCAGGCUCAUACUGUGCAUCUGCAGAGCUGGCUGCGCCAUCUGGUCCCUGUGAUGCUGGCUUUUACUGCAUUGGGGGGUCCACGCUCCCCAACCCAACAGAUGGGGCAGUGGGAAAUAUUUGUCCUCCAGGCUACGUGUGUCCCCAAGGAAGUUCUUCUCCAUCUCCAUGUCCCCCAGGCUCUUUUUUGGCCCAUCAGGGUGGCCAAUCAGCACAAGAUUGCCAGCCCUGUUUAGCAGGAUGGUUCUGCUCCCACCGAGGUCAAAGUACACCAGAGGGGAGAUGUAAGGAAGGCUGGUUUUGCCCAGAGGGGUCUGUAUCAGGCCUUAAUCCAGAUUAUAUAUGUCCUGUUGGUCACUAUUGCCCAGCAGGCAGCCCAGAGCCCAAACCCUGUCCCUCUGGCAAAUACCAGGACCAGACUGGUCAAAGCCUGUGCAAGACGUGCCCAGCAGGAAGGUUCUGUGGCCCAGAAGUCCAAAUCCAAGAUCACAAGGAGACCUUUUCACAUGGAACGAUCAAGCCAGCAGAUUGCCCGGCUGGAUACUACUGCCUCUCAGGAACUAAAGCUGCCAAGCAGUACCCAUGCCCCGAGGGCACCUUCAGUAACCAGACUGGGCUGAGCAAUUCCAAGGACUGCAGACCUUGCCCUGGGGGAAAAUUCUGUGCAGAUGCAGGUCUCUUGACCCCGAGUGGCCCUUGUUUGCCCAGGUAUUACUGCAUUUUGAAGGCACGUGAACCUGUCAUGAUGGCUAUUACUGUGAUAUGA